AUGGAAGCUGAAGCAAGUUUUUCACAAGUUGCUCCACCUGUCUUUGAUGGAGAGAACUAUGAUAUUUGGGCAGUAAGAAUGGAGUCUUACCUGGAGGCUUUAGAUCUUUGGGAAGCUGAGGAAGAGGAUUAUGAAGUUCCUCCACUGCCGAUCAUGACUCUAAAAUCAGCAAAGGAAAUUUGGGAUUAUCUAAAGGAAGAAUAUGCAGGAGAUGAAAGGAUACGAAGCAUGCACGUGCUUAAUUUAAUGAGGGAAUUCAAGUUACAGAAAAUGAAAGAGUCUGAGACAAUCAAAGAAUACUCAGACAGAUUGCUUGGCAUUGCUAAUAAGGUAAGGUUAUUGGGCACUGCAUUUGUUGAUUCCAGAAUCGUUGAAAAAAUUCUGGUUAUAGUGCUUAAGAUAUAUGAAGCAUCAAUAACCACCUUGGAGAACACAAAAGAUCUGUCCAAGAUCACUUUGGCAGGAGUGUUACAUGCCUUGCAGGCCUAG